AUGAAGAGAAACAAUCAUGAAGGUGAAAUACCUGCUGAGCUGGGUUCAUCGAGAAAUCUCCUUGACUUGUAUCUUUCUAAAAACCAGUUCAAAGGAACAAUACCACAUUCACUGGGGAAUUUAGCUGAUUUACGCAUCCUUAGUCUAUCUGACAACUUUCUUGAAGGGAACAUUCCUGAAGAACUUGGAAUAUUAUCCAAUUUGGAGUUUCUUAAGCUGUCUUCUAACAAAUUGUCUGGUGUAGUACACAUGCAGUUUUUCAAAAUCUCAUCAAUUCAGUAUCUUAAUCUUGCCUCCAACUAUUUAAAUGGAUCUUUCCCCUCAGAUGUUGGUCUGAACUGUUCAAGACUUCAUAAUUCUGCUGUUGCAGAAAACCAGUUUUUUGGAUCCAUGCCAGUAUCCAUUACCAAUGCUUCAGGAAUUGUGAUUUUGGACAUUGGUGCAAAUGCUUUAUCAGGAGUUGUACCCAUGAAUUUGGGAAAUCUUAUUAAACAUUUGCAAAGGUUAGACUUUUCAAAGAAUCCACUUGGAAGUGCUGAUAGCACUGGCUUAAGCUUUCUGACUUCCUUGACUAAUUGCACUAAUCUGAGAAAUCUGCAUUUGAAUGCUAACAAUCAUGGAGGUGCUUUGCCCAAUUCUGUUGCAAAUCUAAUAGAAUUACUGGUGCAAUACUUGAAGAACUUACGGGCCUUCAAUCAUUCACUCUCAGUCUUUCUGAACUUAGCUCAGAACUGUCUCAGUGGACUUUUACCAACAGGGGUGGGUAACUUGAUAAAUCUUGGGAGAUUGGAUGUUUCAAACAAUAGAUUGUCUGGAGAGCUUCCAUCCUCCCUUGGCUUUUGUGAAGUUUUGGAGUUUCUGAGUCUGCAGGGCAACCUUUUUAAAGGCCCAAUUCCAUCAUCAUUGCAUCUAUUGAGAGGAAUUCAACUUCAAGAUCUUUCUAGAAAUUCUCUCUCUGGUAACAUUCCUGUGAGUCUUGCACUGUUUCGCUUGAUACAGUUUCUGAAUCCUUCUUAUGAUAUGUUGGAAGGAGAAGUGCCAAACGAAGGUCUUUUUAUGAACUCUACAAUGUUUUCCAUUGCUGGAAGUGAAAAGCCAUAUGGAAGUUUAGAGUCCGCAAAUAGCAAGUUUAACUUGAUUGGAGUUUUGAUCUUCACGUUUGAUGGUUUCCUUGUUUCUUUUCUCCUAGCAUACCUAACUGCUUUCUGCUGCUCCACAAGAAAGAGCAGAAUUUCUAGUACAUCUUCAGACUCUCCUCUGGGAGAUCAAUAUCUUAAACUUUCUUAUACAGAACUUCAUCAAGCUGCUGAUGGCUUUUUCCAACCAAUUUAA